GUAAAUUGUAAUUUUCCCCCUUGGAGUUGGCUUUAUCAGAUCAAGUUGUUGACCUAUCUUCUCGGAGCAAGUCUAACAUGAAACCGUACUUCAGUUUUUGUAAGGAUUGUUUCAUCAAAAACUUAAAAGAACAAAAGAACUGCAAGGCAAAGGAAUUAACAUGUGAGCCUAAAUGCCAAAAAUGCUCCAUAUUAUUCUAAAAUUUAAGUUGCCUCUUCAGAAAAAUUACUGAAACAGAGAUAAGAUCAUGAGAGAUUGACAUAAAAGUUAUAUAAUAAUUCUUGAACUAAGCAUUGUGGUUUCAGAGAAAUACUUCCAAUUCUUAAUGCUGACAUAGUCAGAAUAUGAAGACAUGUGGCUUUCACAUAUGUACAAAGAUUCUUUGAAAGAUCACCCUAUCCAAAAGAUUGCAGUAUCCAUCUGCUUGAAGCAUUUGCAUUCUCUAUUCUGAUAAUUGUGAACAAAAUCAUAAAUGCAUCCAACUUUGGGUUGAAAUACAUAAAUUUAACGUAUAUGCAAUAGCGUGAGGAUGAUUUAUCAGUCUUCAUAACCUCCGGUGGUGGUGGUGGGUUAAGAAAAUCGAUAUUGUUUUGAUGAAUCUGUUAACUUAGCUUAGAUCAAUCAAAACACGUAAUUAACAAUAUUAUGCUCAAGUAAACCUGAUUUAAAACCUAAGAAUCAAGCUUCCAAAUUAGUUUUACGCUCUGAUAUAAGAGAUCAAAUCAGAAUAUUUUCAUAUGAAUCAUAAGACUUUCGUGAGACUCAAAUUUCAGUUUUUCACUAAGAGAUUCGUAUAUCUAUAACCAAAAAGAAACAUGAAAUGAAAUUGAAAGAUCAGCCAGUGAGAUAACUUACCAUGUUCGCAAGCCAGUGAGAGAACUAACCAUGUUCGCAAGAAUCUCAAGAGACGGCAAAUAUAGCAGCGACGAAAACAAUUAAGCGGUGGGGGGUCUUGCCGGUUGAUUUCACGGUUUUGUUUGCCCUUGAAUAAUGUGAUUAUCUGGUUUUGGUGAAUUCAGCAUAAAAAUGAGGGAUUCGAAACAGCUGUGUGCCUUUUGAUUGCUUCGACUUGGAGAUUUAUAGUCGGAGCUUUUGUCAGCUAACAAGGGAGAUGAUGAGAUCAAUUGAAUGCUUCAGAGUGGGAAGAGUGGGUUAAUGACGUAAAAGUUCCAGUUUACGUAUUAACGAGAGCUGAAGACGUUACAGUGAUUAAGUUCUCUGGAAUUUACGGCUGCUAAACUAAGAAGAUCGAAAGAGAGAAGACGAUGAAACCUAAUAUUUUUUGGGCUUGCAUUUUUUUCUUAAAGUCCAUAUGCAAGUGAAAAGCAUUUUCGCUGGAUCUUCUUUUCUUAAUGACACGUGUCCAAAAACGCUCUAUUCUAUGUGGUGACGUGGACACAGAAGAAGGGAGAGAAGUCUCUUUUUGUUAUUAUAGAUUAGGGUGUACAUAAUUACAAACUCUGUUGAAGUCGUAAUUAACUGCGCCAGCUUUAAUAUAACAUGUAUUAAAUUAUUUAUAGUUUAAUAGACCAUAUUUUUAUUUUAAUUACAGACAUUAAUUUAAAAUCCCCAAAGUGAUUUGUAGGGUUGAACUGUCGUGAAAGUUCGUGAAAUAAAAGUCAAAAGAAAAAACCAAACAUUGAGAAAGAGAACUUUGGACGAAGUAACUCGUAACUUAGUUGCAAAAACAUGCAGACGAAGAAAGGGACGAAGAAGAAUCUGAUCCUGAAUUUGGUUUGAAGACGUCCAGUAUCCAGAUACACCGUUAAGUUCAGAUGAAGAGUGGAGCAAUGGAAAAAUAAAUAAAAAGGAGAAAAGGAAAAGAACAAUUUUCAUGGAGAUUUUGACAAAGAGCCUUACAUAUGUCUGUUUAAGAAGUUCAAUAGUGGAUUAGAGUUCAAGGAUCAGCUAAUACGUUACUCACUGAAUACUCAAUACGAUGUUAAAAUGGAAAAAUCAGAAGCAACAAGGAUAGCUGCUAUAUGUUGCAAGAGUGACUGCCCUUGGAAAAUAUAUUGUUCGAUUGAGCGACCAUUGAACAAGUGGAUGGUGAAAGUUUGUCACAAGAAGCAUAACCACAGAAAAUAAAGUUGAGUAUCAAUGUUGAAGCAAGGUGUGAUGCAAGGCUGUUUAGUGAAGAAAUUCGAAGAAAUAUUAAUUUACAGACUGCAGAGAUAGACAUGAUCAAGGAGCGUUAUAACAUUGUUGUGAAUAUUUCAAAUUGUUACAAAUUCAUACAAAUUGCUUUGGACACUGUCCUUAGGCUCAAACCAUUCAGUUUGGUAAGCUAUGGGACUAUGAGGCUGAGCUUAAACGAUCAAACAAAGGUAUCACCACUGAGAUUUGUACUGCUGACGUCAAUGGUGUACAACAGUUUGUUUGUUUCUACAUUUGUUGUGAGGAAUUUCGGAAGACUUAGCAGAAAUGUUACAGACGAGUAAUUGGUCUUGAUGGAUGCUUUUUGAAAUGGGAUUUGGGAGGUGAUUUGCUUGCAGCUGUAGGUAGAGAUGGAGAUAACAAGAUGUAUCUCAUUGCAUCGGCUGUUGUAAAACGUGAAAACAAGGUUACUUGGGGCUGGUUCGUUAGAAAACUCAAAUAGAUCUCAAGAAUAGAAAAUAAUCUUACUAUCAUUUCCGAUAUGCAUAAGUUUUUUUUUUUUUGAAUAUAUCAUAAGGUAUUUAUUAUAUUCUUAAUUUUCAUAGUAUUAUCAAUGCUAAUCGUAUAAUCUGAACUUGAGUUUGAUUAUUACAUAUCUGUUUACAGGGUAUUACCUAUGCCAUAGCUACUGAGCUUCCAGGAGGAUACAGAAACGUAAGAGGAAACCCUCUCAGGCCCGCUUCCCAAGGUGCGCUGCUCAGAUGGAUCUCUUCUGUCAUAGCUCCGCCGUGCCUUCCUCCUUCCUCUGAAGCAGCUCUGCUCUCUCUCCAUGGUCUUGAUGGUGACUGCUCCCCCAUCGUGUAUCAGGCCUCCUCCAGAUCCGCCCCCGUUACCGUGUAAGCCCCCUCCGCUUGAAGCUUGCUCUCUAAUCAUCUCUCCGGAACCUCCAGACUCUACAGCCGCCCUCAUUCGCCUCCUCGCUCCUCUACACAUCCUCGAACCUUCCGUCAGUUCUCUGGUUCCUGUGGUUGCAGUUACUCCUUUAAGUUUCUUUGCAAUGACCAAGGGUUUAACCAGAUCUGUUUUCGUAUCAUUUGGAGUGCGAGUUUCUACUACGUGUAGAUUUCAGUCCAGUCCCACUUUCCAGAUCGAGACAUGGUUUCUCUUUGUAGAAACCUCUCUUUGUUCAGAAGGUAUCUUCUCUGUUUCUUCUUGCAACAAGCCCUACAUGGAUGAGUAUUACCUUGUUUUAGGUAUUAGUUGUGUCAAGAUGAAUCAUUUACCUCUGAAUGAGGAUGUUGCCCUCUCUUUGAAUAUUCUCUUACCUCUGGUUAAGGAUGUUACAAGCUCUCUGCCUUUACCUCAGUAUGAGGAUCUGACUUUACCUCAGUAUGAGGAUGUUACUCUGUUUUAUCUCCUUUUAGUACCUCCGUAUGAGGUUCGUAUUAGGACCUUUGUCUUGUCGGCUCUUGUUUCUAUGGUUGCAGAGAUUGAUGCUUUUAGAAAUGGAGGUUUUGGAUGGUAUAUCCAUGGAAGCUCUUCUUGCAGGAUCGUGUGCUGGACUCUCAAAGCUUCAAGUAUUUUCAGACUCUAAUGUCUUCUUCUCUGCCCUGCAUUCAGGGAUGGGUUUGAAUGGGAUCGCAGGUUGUCUUCUUGACAUCACAAACCUUGCCACUCCCUUGCCUUCUCUGGCUGUUGCUUUUGCUAUGUAUGUGUUUUUCAGACUAUGUUUCACUUUUACUCUCUUUUGAGUUAUGAAUGAAAGAAACCCUUGACAAAAAAAGCUACUGAGCUUCCAAAAGCAGAACAUCGUAUGUGUGCAAGACAUAUAUACGCUAAUUGGAAAAGUCCUUUUCCC